CCAGUCGCGAACACCUACUGUCUUUCUCCGUCCUUAGUAUCUGCUGUUAGCAUUGCAUUCCCGGCUUAUCUCAACAAUCCCUUAGCCAUUGACGGCGCUCGCCUUCUUUCAAUUGUUUCCAUUGCGCAACGAUCAAGCGUCAUCGUUCGAUCGUACGACUUUGUACUACCUCGCCACAAUCAACAAAACGCCAAGCCACCAUAUCAUCCAUUAGAUGGGCCGACUUGCCUUCCCUCUCGAUGCAGAGCUUACCGGCCCGGAUCGUGUAGUUCUUAGCAUCUUGCAGAAACAGUAUGAAGCACAUGGAGACCCUUUGGAUAAAGCUUCUUCGGAGGUAGCGGAGGAAUCGGACGACUCAGAGACCAAGCACUCUAAAUUCGUCUCACCAUCACCAGAAGAUCUUCAAGACCAAGAGCAGCAAGCAAUCGCUUACCUGAAGAACUCCAACAACCCAAAGUCAGAUGCAUUUGAACCUACAAUCUUCAGCUCUGUGGAUGAACCAGAUAUCAAGAACGCCCUUCUCCGACAAUGGAUCAUUGAUCCGUACAUCCGGUGGGCUCGGACAGUUGUUCGCGUUGAGACGGACGUUGUCAUGGUCACCCAUCUUUUACUCUACUCAUGCACAACACUCCCAUCCGCUUUGUACUUGUUCAAAAACUUCCACUGGUGGCACGCCAUCCUACACGGCGUUAUGCAAGGGUGGUAUAUGGGAGCAUACACGCUUUUGAGGCAUCAACAUAUCCACAUGCGCGGAGUUCUUAGCAAGAAGUACGCCAUCAUCGACCAGCUUUUCCCAUACGUUCUCGAUCCGUUGAUGGGACACACUUGGAACUCCUACUACUACCAUCACGUCAAGCAUCACCAUGUCGAAGGCAAUGGCCCCGAUGAUCUCUCCUCUACGGUCCGGUACCAGAGAGACGAUGUGUGGGAUUUCAUGCGCUAUGUCGGCCGCUUCUACUUCUUGAUCUGGUUUGAUCUGCCUCGGUACUUCCUGCGCACUCGUAAACCUGUCCUUGCUUUCAAGGCAGGCGGGUGGGAGCUCUCCAGCUACGCUUUCUUGUACAUCAUGUUCGCAUACGUCAACGCGCCCGCCGCAGUAUUUGUGUUAUUUGUCCCCCUCGCGCUUAUGCGCCUCGCUCUGAUGACCGGAAACUGGGGUCAGCAUGCGCUCGUAGACGAAAUGGAGCCGGACUCGGACUUCAGAUCCAGCAUUACACUUAUUGAUGUUCCUAGCAACCGUUACUGCUACAAUGAUGGCUACCACACAUCUCACCAUCUCAACCCGCUACGGCAUUGGCGCGACCAUCCUGUGGCCUUCCUCUCCCAGAAGAAGCAGUAUGCUGAUGAACAUGCGCUGGUAUUCUACAAUAUCGACUACAUGUUUCUCACGAUCAACCUGCUGAGGAAGAAUUACGAGCACGUCGCGCGCUGCUUAGUACCCAUGGGCGAUCAGAUGAAGCUUACGCUUGAAGAGAGGGCAGAGAUGCUGAAGCGCAAGACAAGGAAGUUCACAGAAGAGGAAAUUGCGGAGAAGUGGGGGAAGCAGUAUGCGAAACUGAAAUAGACGAAGGCUAAGAUCUCCAAAAAAACGGCGUCUGUAUGUAUUGAUAAAGUCGAGGAUGUUAUAGGCGCUUGUAAGGACAAAUCAAAGACCUAGAAUAUUUUGGGAAAAUCCCCAGACAAAAGUUCGUCCCUCCUUCCUCAAAGUACCAACUUCUUCGGACAGUGACGUGGGCUCUUGCCUCGGAAUUUCCACUCUUCAAUCACCCAAUGCCACCCAAUCCUAACGCCUCGCGAACUGUCCUAGACCGCAUCAUUGAUUCAGCUCUGGCAAUGGC